CGACCUCGAGAUUUUCUCUGUUCUCGUCGUCAGUCACGCACGAAAAAUUUUUCUACUCCCGUUCCAUCCUCACUUUUGUUGGUCGUGUUUGCAGCAGCAUUAUAAUACUGGUUACCGAGUGAAUAGUAGUGAAAAUGGCUUCAAUAAGUUUGUUAAACCCGAAGGCCGAGUUCGCCCGUGCCGCUCAGGCCCUGGCCGUAAACAUUGGUGCCGCGAAAGGCAUCCAGGACGUGAUGCGAACGAAUCUUGGUCCGAAGGGAACGAUGAAAAUGUUGGUGUCUGGUGCCGGUGACAUCAAGAUCACAAAGGACGGAAAUGUAUUGCUACAUGAAAUGCAGAUUCAGCACCCGACGGCCUCAUUGAUUGCACGUGCCAGUACCGCACAGGAUGACAUGACCGGUGACGGAACAACUUCGACGGUGUUGAUCAUUGGGGAGCUGCUUAAACAAGCUGAUUUGUAUAUUUCUGACGGGCUUCACCCUCGCAUUUUGGCCGAAGGAUUUGAUCAAGCUAGGGCACAAGCUCUGCAAAUCCUGGACCAGAUGUCCUAUCCGAUCGAAGUGAACAAGGAGAGUCUGCUGAAUAUUGCUCGCACUUCUCUGAGAACCAAGGUUCAUCCACAGUUGGCCGAUUUGCUGACUGAAGUUUGUGUCGAUGCUGUGCUGGCUAUCAGAACCGAAGGAAAGCCAGUGGAUUUACACAUGGUCGAGUUGAUGGAGAUGCAACAUAAGUCAGCUACCGAUACACAACUAGUGAAAGGAAUCGUAAUGGAUCACGGUUCCCGUCAUCCGGAUAUGCCGAAACGUUUGGAGAAUGCUUACAUCUUGACUUGCAACGUGUCAAUGGAGUACGAGAAGAGUGAAGUCAACUCAGGUUUCUUCUACAAGACGGCCGAAGAGCGCGAGAAGUUUGUUCUUGCCGAGCGAGAAUUUAUUGAGGAACGCGUGAAGAAGGUUAUUGAGCUUAAGCGAAAGGUUUGUGCGGGAACCGAUAAGAGCUUUGUCGUAAUCAACCAGAAAGGUAUUGAUCCGAUGUCGCUGGAUAUGCUGGCCAAGGAAGGCAUCAUGGCUUUACGGCGAGCGAAACGACGCAACAUGGAACGCUUAGCUUUGGCUUGCGGAGGUGUGGCUCUUAACUCGUUCGACAAUAUGGACGAGUCUAAUCUGGGAUUCGCCGGAGUAGUCUACGAGCAUGUUCUUGGUGAAAACAAGUAUACUUUCGUGGAAGACUGCAAGAAUCCACAAUCGGUGACUAUUCUAAUAAAGGGACCGAACAAAUAUACUUUGACGCAAAUCAAGGACGCCGUACGAGAUGGGCUUCGUUCCAUCCAUAAUGCUAUUGAAGAUCGCAAACUGGUGCCGGGAGCUGGAGCUUUUGAAGUUCGGGCCCACAACAAGCUGAAGGAACACGCGAAGGAUGUGAAGGGUAAGACUCGUCUCGCAAUCCAGGCGUACGCGGAUGCCUUGUUGGUCAUUCCGAAGGUGCUGGCCGUAAACAGUGGGUACGAUGCACAGGAUACCAUUGUCCGACUCCAAGAGGAAAGUCGCCUGGAUGGAGACCCGAUUGGGUUGGAUCUGUCUACCGGGGAACCGAUGAAACCGGUAGAUUUGGGCGUUUUCGAUAACUACAUCGUCAAGAAGCAGAUCCUCAAUUCAUGCACCGUCAUAGCUAGCAAUUUGCUGCUGGUGGAUGAAAUUAUGCGCGCCGGAAUGAGCAGUCUGAAGGGUUGAUUUGGCUCGCCUUCGAAAUACUUCUCAUAACUCCCAAUUUAUGUUAACGUAUUAAGCACGGUUUUGUUUAUUUAACCAGUUCAUUUAGAUUAUUCGGCACGCUUGAUUAUAAUCUUUACUUACACGAACACUAUCGCAAAUCGCCGCUGUGCGCGAGUUUCGUUUCGUUUUUCGAGAAUAAUAAAGCUUGACAUGCAAAAAACUUA